AGUGCGCUCGUGCCACCAGAGAGUUGAGUGAGUGAGCGCAAGGAUCGAGAGACUCUAGGCAGGCGGACCCAAAGCUCGCGCCACAGUUAACCACACAGCUGGAGAGGACAUCCAAGUGAAAGCACUGCCGUCAAAAAGUGGGAAAUAAAACAACUAUAAUAACGAGAAACAUAUUUACAACUUUAAUCACAAACAGCAUGUUUAAAUAUUAAUUCUAUUCUGAAGUCUCAGUCAGUUCUAAGUGAUGCUGUGAUGAGGGGAAGACUUUCAAGAAGCUGAGCGCAGUAACGCAACCUUCGUACCUGGACGAACGUGUUAUUCGGGGAGUAGAACGAGAAAACCGUCCUUCGGACUUUGUGGUCACACCAGUCGAAAUUUCACUUCUUUCCUUUUAUUUUUUAUAUUUCGUGAUCACUUUUGUUUUUCCCUAGACGAGGAUGGUAAUUUAUAAUAACUUGUUUUAAUGGAAUGAGGGUUUUCUCCAAGGAUUGCCUCCCGAUUCCGUCUCUUUCAGUGGUAUAUUUGUGGAUUUUCACCAGGAUGUUACUGCAUAAUCGGCCCUGGCGUUAUCGGGCCAUUUCUCACCCCACUGCUCUCACGCCUGCUCAGGGUUGGGGGUUCAUCUCCAUUUAGGAAUAUUCUUAAAUCACUCAAAUAACCGCGCCAACAGCAAAAACCCAGCCACAGCUUGCUCGGGGACAUUGAUAUCGGUUAGACACGCACACUAUCCAGGUUACUAUGCAAUUGCAAGUGUUCUCCUUUGUUUUGUUCUUGCACUGUAUGGAAUAUACUCACAGUCAGCAACACGCCUCCAGGCACCGGCAACAUAAACAGACUCCUGGGUUGAAUCAAGGCUGCGAGGGAGGGUGUCUGACCUGCUCCGAUUACAAUGGUUGCCUGUCCUGCAAGCCCAGACUCUUCAUCUACCUGGAGAGGAAUGGGAUGAGGCAGAUUGGCGUUUGCCUGUCCUCCUGCCCCAGUGGUUACUAUGGCACCCGCUCCCCAGACAUAAACAAGUGCACAAAGUGCAAGUCGGAUUGUGACUCCUGUUUCAACAGGAACUUCUGCACACGCUGCAAAGUGGGCUAUUACCUGCACCGAGGGAAGUGCCAGGAGAGCUGCCCCGAGGGCCUGGUGCCCAGCGCCACGCAGAGGGAGUGCGUCCUCGGCUGUGCUGGGGAGUGUGACAGCUGUGUGAACAGCGACACCUGCACCAGGUGCAAAGCAGGUCUGUACCUCCUGCAUGGAAAGUGUCACCAUGUCUGUCCCGAGGACUACGAGCCCAACGAGCAGAUCAUGGCAUGCACCCCACAAGUGCACUGUGAGGUGAGUGAUUGGGGCGAGUGGGGUCCCUGCUCACGCAGAGGGAAGGUGUGCGGCUUCAAGCGAGGCGAAGAGACGAGGGCCCGGGAGAUCCUGCAGGUCCCCUCCCCCCAUGGCAAUCCCUGUGGCCCUACAUCUGAGACGAGGAAGUGCGUCGUCAAGAGAAAGAAAUGUCCAGGGAGGCGGAGAGGUGAGAGGAGACUCCGUAACAACAGGAAGGAAGAGGCCCAAGGCAACUGGCAAGAGAGAGAGAGAGAGUCAUCAGACCAUGAGGACACAGAGGACAGGAACAAAACGGAGCACCGGCGUUCGAGAGGCCAGGACAGAGACCUGACCUCACCAGCAGGGGGCAACACGCACUAAUGGCCUCCUGGCCACCUCUGUCUCCCUCUUACCCUCACCCUGGGGGUGCUGCUGCUACCUGUAUGUUUUUUUUUGAAUAUAGACUGUAUAUGCACAAGAGAAGAUGGGUGCACAGCUUUCAGAGGGGCUAACACCGAGGACCCUCUCCCUCCUUCCCAGACCUUUUCCUGCCCUUCCUUCAGCUCAAGACAGCGAGUCAGAGAGAGGCAAUCCUGCUGCUGCGAUUGACUGGGACUGUACCGUGCAGAGCAGGAACUUUGGGGAGUGGAACACGUGUCUUAGAGAAUGAGGUUGUGCUUGUUAAAUCUGUUAUUUAAAGGGUCCAGCUACAGCAUUGUGUUGAGGUUUGAAUGUAGGUUUUGUGACAUUACGUAGCUGUUGUUUAGAUGUCUAAUGAUUGCAGAGUACACUUUUAAAAGAGCAUGCUCAUUGACAUCAUCUACAGAGAACAGAUUCUAGCACUGCAUGUGGAUUGGUGUAUAUGUGUAUGAGGUGAUAGAAAAGUGUUUUUUUAUGAACCAAGUUGAGGGCACACAAUGCUUCUCCCAAUGUCUUUGUUAUUUCAUCUCUGUUUGUUUUGCUAUGAAGCAAAGAGCUUGUUUGCCUUUUAUUAUCAAUAAGUUCUGUGCUUUCAGUGAAGUCAUUUGACCAGAAAAGCCACUGAAAUUUUCAGAGCACCUCUAUGUCAAAUAAACUAUAUUGGAUUUGUUUUCUUUUU